CACAGCCCAUGAUCAUCUACUUCAGUUUGCUUCCCAUCUACUAUAUCAUCUAUUCAGUUUGCUAGCAAUAGAUACCAAAGCUAAUUCUCCGAUGGCUAGUACUAGCUGUUGGUUCUUGUUCUUCGCCUCGGUUUGGAGGCUGCCACCGAUGCUGGCCGGAGCUGAGGAGCAGCAAGGCGAAGGCUGCUCAGCCAAGAGGUGCGGCAACCUCACCAUCUCUGACCCAUUCUGGCUCUCUGACCAGGAGGCGGGAAGAUCGUGUGGUUCCCAGGACUACGAGGUCGCUUGCCAAAACAAUGGUUUUCCAGGUCUACGGAGCUCUGUACCUUCGAGCUCCGGCUUUGGAAUCAUCGAUAUCUCUUAUGAGGAAAACAGUUUGCGCGUGGUUGAUCGAGGCCAUCUGGAAUUACUGCAAGCCUCCAACAGCUGCCAAGUAAUGAUAUUUAACACCUCCGUCAAACUGGCCGAACCUUUUAGGAUCGACCCUGGCAACCUGAACCUCAUCUUGUACAACUGCACGGAGGAGGCAGCGGUUGCGGCUGCGGCACGCCGGGACAGAGACCUGAUGCAGACGAGCCUGAGAUGUGGGAACGAGAGCAAGAUGUUUGUUCGCACGGGAGUGCGUUACGACGCGACCGGGAACUAUGGCGGCUACGCUUUGGAGGGCUGCAACGCUGUGGUCACUCCGGUGCUUGGCUCAUCGUCGGGCCAGACGAACGCGUCCGACUACAUGCAGCUCAUCAACGAUGGCUUUCUCUUGACAUGGGAUCCGCUCCCUCUCGCAGCACCUGUACGUAAGUUCUCACGCCAAAAUCAGUCAUCUUCCUUCUCUCCUCAUCGCCCCUUAUUAUUUGCUUUCAGGUGUUGAACUAAUUAUCCAUGAUUAAUUACUGGAACUCAUGAUUUGCAUUACUUGAGGAACUUAUUAUGUCAAGAAAGCUCAAAUGCUGAAUCCUGGAACAGAAAUUUCGUACCAUGGCAUUGCUGUAUGCAGAGCACACUAUCCUUGCGUCCAUGUCGCUGCUGUCUUUACAGCUGCCGAGCACACUUUGCACACAGUUGGCGGUCAAGACUUAUUAGUCAAGACUUAUCCCAUG